GGCGCAAGGUCCGACCAAGAGUGGCUUGGGGUGAGCAACCUGGCGGGACGGUGGAGUCCCAGGAGUGUCCUGGGCUGCGCGCUGUGCUGGGAGUACGGUGCCAGUGAAGGUGGAGCAGUGCAGAGGGUCACAGCUGGACAAACAGAGCCCCAGCGAGGGCAGCCCCACCCGUGAUUCUGGGGACCUAGCUUCGGGUGACGUGGCACCUCAUGACUUGAGGGAAGUGGUUUUCAGGGUGGAUUCAGCAAAUUUCUGACCUGAGAGGAGUGCAUCCACACUGAGACAGGUGGGAGGGAAAGGCAGGCAUGGUGGUCUCCUCUCAGAACCAUGCGAGGCUGAUCAGGACCCAUUCGAGCUCCCAGGAUGAGGGCUGGACAUGAGUUCUCUCCUAUGCCUCCCCCCUCGCCCCCCCCCCCCCACGCUGCGCAAGGACUUCCUGUCUGCAGCCAUGGGUGGGAACAGUAGAGGUCUUACUCUGCCGACAGCGGGAGGCCUAGGGCAAAAGGGAGAUGUGGGGGUAGUCCCCCCACCUUCGGCUCUCAGGUGCUUUCCCCCACCCUCUCUCCAUUCUGUUUCCAUUCUCCCCAACACAGUUAUGGCCAAAUAUCCGUUUUAAAAAAAGAUAAAUAUGCCCGACAUAAACACUUCUGCCUCCUUAGGGAGUCAGUGUCACUUCCACAUGCCUUGGAUUGGCGCAGUUCCUGUGUAGUGAGCAGGUCUCAGGGCCGUGUCCUAGCACCACUGUUGUUCUGGGUGGCCAGGAGGCAGAAAAGACAAUCUGCAUGUAGGUGAUUCAGUUGGUGCUGCCUGCAGUGAGCAAAACCAGGUCAGUGAGGGGCAGAGCUGCAAGACCAGAGGCCACGGGAGGAUGACCAGGCAGCUAGGGCCACUCGGGAGCUGGGGGAGCUGGAAGGGCCUGGAGGAGCCAACCGUUGAAUUGCAGGACCCUGGGGUGGAGCUGUGCUUGAGCGUGAGCUUCCCAGUGUGAGCCAGAUGGAGGUGUGAGGUUGGAGAUGGAGGUGGAGGGGACCAGAUCCUCCUCUGCAGAGCAUGGUGGCAAUUUCCUAUUUUCCAGCUAUGGCCAUUUUCCCAGCUUCCACACCUGGCCUGGAGGCAUGACCCACCUACACUUGCGCCACCAUCCGUGGUCCUCUUCUGAUGGAGGUCUGGUUAUUCUGGGGACAGUUCCAAGCCCUGCCCCCAUCCAAUCUGUGAAGUGAAGCCCCCCUGUCUGACCCUGGGCAGCUCUCUCUGCUGUCCACCCCUCUGCCUACUGCCACAGCCCAGUCCUUUCUUGAGUGUGGUUAAUCCGCAAAUGCCCUGUGUUCCACUGGACAAAGUGGGGGUUUUUGGUGGUCAGAUGGUAAAAUGAGUUUUGGCCCAAACUUGUCUCCUGGUGGGCUCUCUAGUUCCUGGAUGGAUAUUUGGAAAGGACAUACUCAGCAGCUGGCAGAGUCCCCACAUUGGUUCUCUGACCCAUGAGAUCAGGGUCCUUAGGGUAGGAAGGGCCAAGCAGAAGCUUCUAAUACAUCCCCUCUCUGCCAAGAUGGUAAACCAGAAGCAAUAAUACCACAUCCCUGGGGGCGGGUGGGGAUGGGAUUGCAGAGAUUAGUGUCACCACCCAGGACUUGAAAGCAGCAGUCGUGGUGCCUAUCACAUUCCCAUACGGUUCACCUGCUUGGGCUGUGCAGAAGGCAGGUGGAUCCUGGAGAAUGAUUAUGGAUUAUCAUGAACGUCCUCAGGUUGUGGCUCCAAUUGCAGCUGUUGAUCCAGAUGUAUUAUCUUAACACGAGCAAAUCAACUCAUUUCCUGGUAUAAGUUUGAGAGGACUCCUAGGUCCAUCUGAACCCACACAAACAACCCCACUCCGGGCCUCAGGGUCCCACUGCUUCACAAUCGAUGCCCUAACUUUCACAUACAAAAGUCCAAUUAGUGGAUCUGUGAAUUCAACUUAGGUUGUAAUUCUGCAAUACACACAAUUAAAUUUUGUGUCUAAGUUUUAGCUGUAUUUGCCCAUUGGUGACAAGAAGUAAGACAUUCCUUUAGGGCCAUUCUAGAAGCUUUCUGGUUCUCUGUGUCUUGAGAUGCGGAUUUAAAGCCCCAAGCUUUUCCUUUUCAUUCUAUAAACUCUCUAGUGCGGUCAUAAGCAGCCAGCCCACCCCAGAGUCCAUAUGAUCAUCCUUCCUGCCACCAGCUGUUCCAUGAAGUAGCCAUUUGGACUCCCAAAGUGUUGGCUUCAGUGGACACCUCAUCUCCAUCUAUCCCAGUUUUCUACUGGCAAUUUCUACUGAGCUAAACACUGUGUUCAAGACUGAUGUCAUAACCAAAUUAUUGCCAUAAUCCCAAGUUUGAGGGUCUGUUUCUUGGGAGCCCUAUUUGUAAAAAAUAUUUUAUUGUGUUUUUGGUGGAAGUUUACACAGCAAAUGAGGUUCCCAUUUAACAAUUUCUAUCCAAAUUGUUCAGUGACAUUGGUUACAUUUUUCACAAUGUGUCAAAAGUCUCAUUAAUUCCAUUCUGGUUGUCCUGUUUCCAGUAAUCUAGUUUCCCCUUACCGUGUCAUCUUUGCUUUAGAGUAAUUGUUGACCAUUUGAUCUCACAUAGAUGAGUUUUUAAAGGAGCACGGUUCUCUUGGGUAAUAUCCUUUAUUUUACGAGUCAAUAUGUUAUUCACCUAAAGGGUGACCACAGGAUAGUUUCAGCUCAAGGUUUAAAGAAUAUCUCAGAGUGAUAAUCUCGGGGAGUCCUUUAGUCACAAAUGGUCUAUCUGGACUUUUUAAGAAUUUGAGUUCUGUUCUAUAUUUUUCUCCCAUUCUAUCAGGAUCCAUCUAUUGUGUUUGGGACCCCUCUUGAUACCAAGUACUUAUCAGUCAGGGUCCAGUCAGAAAAGUGGAAACCACACUAGGUAUUUCAAACAGCAGGGAUUUAACUCAGGAAUGUGGUUGUGCAGGUUUUGGAAGGCUCAGAGAGCAAAAGUGGGAUGUUGUAGAAACUCAAAGAUGAACACUUGCUGAAAGUCACUACACCCCUAGGGCUGGGGGACCCAAAGCAAGAGGCAGUGACAUCAGAACCCUGGAGCUAAGAGGAGGACGCAGCAAGGAAGGUGCUGGAAGUCCUAACAGAAACUGACAGCGGAGGCUCCCCACUUGCUGGCUGCCGGCACCAUUUCUGCAGAUCACCCAUCUGACCAUCUCAGCUACCUGACUGGCUGAACUUCAGCCAGUGUUUGGUAGUCUGACCACAUUUUGUGCCCUCUCUGAGCUCUGCUCCUCUGGCCCAACCACCCAUACUUGCCUGGAUGCUAUGGCCUGAAGGCGUCACCAGGGCAUGGCACCCUAUGGUCCUCUCUUCACGGAAUACCUCCUCCCCAAGCUCCACCCAGACAUGCAGAUUCCCUCCAGGAGCUGGCUCUGAGUGGGGGCAGGAAGCAUGCAGCAGGUGCUCAGCCAGCGUGGAAGGAAAAUUGAAGAUAUCAGGAGUCUCUCCAUGUCUUAGUCUGGGUUCUCUAGAAGAGCAAAACCAGUGAAGCAUGUAUAUAAAUAUGUAUAAAGAGAUUUAUUUCAAGGAAAUGGCUCAUGCAAUUGUGAGGAAAUGGCUUACACUAUUAUGGGGCGGGCAAGUCCCAAAUCUGUGGGUCAGGUGGCAGGCUGGAGGCCUCUGCUGGCUCCUGGGGUUGCAGGGGCUGGCAAAUCCAAAAUCUGCAGGUCAGGCAGCAGGCUGCAGACUUCUGCAGGCUACAUUCCAGGAAUUGGAGGUCAGGUAACCAGAAGAGUGCAGGGUCAAGAGAGAAUGAGCUUUGCCAAAACAUCCAUUUACGUACUGGAGGCAGGCUGCACUCCCAAGAAAACUCCUCUUUCAAAAUGAUUUCAUAUCAGAUUACAUCACGGAAUGUGAUUACAUUAUAUUACGUUAUGGAAGAGCAAUCAGCCCUGUAUCUGCCAAACUACUGAGAAUCAUAGCCUAGCCAAGUUGACACAUAACAUUAACCACUACACCCCAGCUGCCAGUUCCAAUCAGCAAGAAGCCACCACAGGGCCCCAACAGGCCCAAAUCCCUAUGAAGUCUCUGAGCUCCCCCACUGCUCUGCCCCUCACCUCCUCCAUUCCUACCAUCCUGGCCUUUGCACUGGCUGUUCCCAAUGCCUGGAAUGCUUCUUCACCAGUUGUCUAAAGGGCCCCACCUCCUGGCCUAAUUCAGAUCUCUGCUCCCUGAGAAGCCUUCCCUGUCUGUCCAAUCCCAUGUGGUCGUUCUGCACCCCACUGUCCACCACACCAUUGGAGUUUAUGCUGUUUGUAGCAUCUACUCUCUGCUUUCUUUGUCUCCCCCACCAGACUUGGCUCCAUAUGGGCAGGGCCUGGGUCGAUACCUUCCUGCUGUCUUUCCUGUGUCUGGCACAUAGUAAUGCUCAAUAAAUGUUUGUGGAGUGAAUCAAUGAAGGCAGGGAGGUGGGAGGUGGGAGUGCAUGAGCUGGGAGGUUGCUGUGGGCCCCAUCCUAGUAGGAAGUCCUGGUGGUCAAGAGUUCAUCUGCUAACCGAAAGGUUAGUGAACCCACCAGCCACUCUGUGGGGAAAGGACCUGGCAACCUGCUCCAGUAAAGAUUACAGCCUAGGGACUCUCAGGGCCUGGGUCAAGGUCUCCACCCACAGUGUCUGCUUUGGGGUUUCCUCGCCACCAUGGGUCAUCUGGGACUGUGUGAGGUACCCCAGACUGAAUUCAGUGACCAUAAAGAUGGGCCGAGAGGGCCUUUGGGUCUGUGAGGGUCUCAGCUUUGGGGACUGGGAUGACCAAGUCUGGGUCUGGAGGAGGUCAGGGGCUGCUCAUCCCCAUCAGCAUUCAGUGCCCUUGGUUGAAGGCUUCAACUGCUUACCUGUCCCCAGUGGCAGCCCUGGCCUGGCCCCAUUGUUGUCAUCAUCAUCAACCACCCAGAUCACUGCAGUAGCUAGCUUGAUGGUCUCCCUGGCCACCUGGAUAAGUAAGGAAUCUUGAGAUGGAGAGAUUGUCCUGGACAAUACACCUUCAAAGGAGUCCUGGUGUUGCAAUGGUUAAGCACUCAGCUACUACCCAUCCAGGGUCUCCAUGGGGGAAAGACCUGGUGGUCUGCUUCCGCAAAGAUCACAGCAAAGAAAACUCUAUGGGGGCAGUUCUACUCUUAUCACAGGGGGUCACCAUUGGAAUCAACUCAGUGGCACAUAAUAACAAAAACAUUAAUUAUUAACUCUUUUUAUGGCUGAGAAUCCUGAGGCUCUGGUUGGUCUCCAAGGGAACCCUUUGCCUUCACCCAUGCAGGCUCCUGCCCUCUCCUUCCUGGAAGUGCAAAUAAGCAGGGAGAGUUCAGUGCCCCACACCUCCGCCCUCUUCCGCCCUGCUUGGCCUUAUCACCCCAGGCACUCACUCCAGCCACUCAUUGGGCAUCUGGACAGAGGACUGACCACGAUGUCUGUGCUGGUGGUCUCCCUGCUGUUUUGGGGUCUCUCCCUGGGUCCAGCCACCAAGGCAGCCGUCUUUCUUGAGACCCGGCCGAGCCUAUGGGCAGAGGCCGAAUCACCACUGGAACCGUGGGCCAACGUGACGCUGACAUGUCGGGCCUACCAGGGCAGCCUGGACUUUCAGCUGUUCAAGGAUGGGGUGGCCCAGGAUCCCGUGCACCUAUUUGGUGUAGAGCACCAGUUCCAUCUGGGAGCAGUGACCAGUGAAACCCAGGGACUCUACCGCUGCCGGACGGGCAUGGGCGACGGGUGGACAGAGUUCAGCAACCUGGUGGAGGUGUCUGGGGCAGACUCCCUAGCCCCACCCUUACUCUCAGCUGAGCCAGUGUCUUGGAUCACUCUGGGCUUCAAUACAACUCUGGUGUGCCAAGGGGGGCUGCGGGGUGUGACCUUCCUCCUGAGGCAGGAAGGCAAUGAUGAGUUUCUGGAGGUGGCUGAGGCCCCCAAGGACACAAAGGCCAGUUUUUUGGUCCACCGUGCUGGCAACUACAGCUGUAGCUACCGGACUCAUGCAGCAGGCAACCCUUCAAAGCCCAGUGCCACCGUGAGCAUUGAGGAGCUAGAGGCACCCCCCCCACCUGCCCUGAGCUUCAAGAGAGAGACCAGUGCUUUCCUGCGCCCCGGUGUUCGCGUGAGCUUCCUCUGUGUGGCACCCCUGAGUGGUGUGGAAUUCCAGCUGCAGCGUGGGGAGACCAAGCUGCUCCUAAGCAUGAGCUCCACCAGCCCCGAUCGUGUAUUCUUUCACAUGGACACAGUGGCUCCGAGUGAGAGUGGCCUGUACACUUGCCGCUAUCAGCUGCGUGGUGGGCACAUGGCCUGGUCGGUGGACAGCGCACCUGUGGAGCUGCAGCUGAGUGACGGGACGCUGCCUGCACCGGUGCUGGAGCUCCAGCCGAGUUCCAGCCCUGCGCCGGGCGAACUCGUGCGGCUGCUGUGCCACGCUCCCAGGGCUGGCCUGCGCUUCUCCCUGGAGCGCGAGGACAAGCGUGGGCCCCGGGUGCUCGGCCGCCUGAGCCCCGCGGGCGCAGUGGCCCACUUCGAGCUGCGCGACGUGUCGGUGCAGGACUCUGGCAACUACAGUUGCGUCUACGUGGACCCCGCGCCACCCUUCGCGGGCUCGGCGCGCAGCGAGCCAGUGGAGCUGCAUGUGGAUGGUCCUCCUCCCAAGCCGAAGCUCCGGCCCCUGUGGCAGGGUGCAGUGACCCCAGGUCGGGAUGCUGUCCUACGCUGUGAGAGUCCAUUGUCUGAUGUCACCUUUGAGCUGCUUCGGGAAGGUGAGGUGGUGACAUCACCUGUGUACCCGGCCACCGGCCCUGGAGCAGACCUCGUGCUGACCUAUGUGGGGCCGCAGCAUGCUGGCAACUACAGCUGCCGCUACCGUUCCUCGUGGCCCAAUCCCUUGCUGUCGGAGCUAAGUGACCCUGUGGAGCUCCAGGUGGCAGGUGAGGGUUCACCUGGUCCUGGGUAGGUCCCACCUUCCAGCCUUUGCCUCUGUUAUGCCCCCCACCAGGAGUGCCCAUUUCUGGUCAGUGUGCCUGGUCUCUGCUCAAGUGUACGUGUGUGUUGUGUGUGUAUGUGGGUGGGUAAAGGAUUUCCAGGCAGGGUAAUGGCAAGUGCAAAGUCCCUGGGGCAGGAAGUGGCUUGGCUAGAGGAGGCCUGGUGGGGGGGCAUGGUUGGCAGCUGAGGGGCCCUCUGGGAGGUUUCCCCUCACAGCACCAGGGAGGUGGGCACAGGAUCACCUCCCCCUAAGUUAUCCCUGGUCUCCAUAGCUCAUCCACCCCCUCAUUUCCCUUUUGUCAAAUUUGUCAAAAGGAAGUUGAUCCUGCUGCAGACCCAGGCUGCUGACAGGAUCUCUGGGAAAUCCUCUCUUUGGUCUGACUUCUAUCCCUCCUGCAGCUGGAGGCUGGGAGCUCCCUGGAGGGCUGUCUCAUCCCUCAUUCCUUCCUGAAAUUAAUAAAUGUGGAGAGACUUUGUUUAAAACAUGUCUUUGGUCAAUGAGUCCAGAACAGCCCCGGGGACGGACUUCCGGGGCUGAGGGGAAGUGGGCUGGGGCCUGAAACUUGGGCUGGGAUCCUGGGUUCUCAAAGUGGGCAGAUAGGUCCUGGGGCUAGAUUCUGGGUCCUGAGUGGAGGAGGGCUGGAGGCUGGAUCCUGGGCCUUCAUAGGUCCUCUGCCCUUUUCCAUCAAGCUGGCCAUGACUCUCCUGGUCAGGCCUUCACUAGAGCUGGGGUAGCUCCAGCCUCCAGACAUGCCCCCCUGUCUACCUCAGCUGCAUCUGUUCCCAUUGGGACCAACCAAAAAACCAAACCCAGUGCCGUGGAGUCGAUUCCGACUCAUAGCAACGCUAUAGGACAGAGUAGAACUGCCCCAUAGAGUUUCCAAGGAGCGCCUGGCAGAUUUGAACUGCCGACCUUUUGGUUAGCAGCCUUAGCACUUAAGCACUAUGCCACCAGGGUUUCUGCCACUGGGAGAG